UACUGGAAAAGAAAGAAAGAAAACAGGAGGAGGAAGAGGAGGUGGAAUCACAUGGGCAUUAGUUUGGUGUGUCUCCCCUGGGUCUUCCUCCCUCUUCCUUCUUCCCUUUUUUCUCUAUGAUCGCCACAAUCAUGAUCUUCCGCUACUCUUUCUUCACUUAAAUCUUUGUUUUUGUCUAUUUUCUUCUCAUUAUUAUUUUCCCGGUUGCUCGGCAUGGCUGACGAUAAGGAAAUGUCUGCUCCUGUCAUCGAUGGGAACGAUCAUGUCACCGGUCACAUAAUUUCCACAACGAUUGGAGGCAAAAACGGAGAACCAAAACAGACUAUCAGUUAUAUGGCAGAGCGAGUAGUGGGGACAGGAUCCUUCGGAAUUGUUUUCCAGGCAAAAUGCUUAGAAACCGGAGAGACCGUGGCUAUAAAGAAAGUUUUGCAAGACAGAAGAUAUAAGAAUCGGGAACUGCAGUUGAUGCGUGUACUGGAUCAUCCUAAUGUGAUUUCCUUGAAGCACUGUUUCUUCUCAACCACAAGUAAAGAUGAGCUUUUCCUUAAUUUGGUUAUGGAUUAUGUACCGGAGAGCAUGUACAGAGUUUUGAAGCAUUACAGCAGUGCAAAUCAAAGAAUGCCACUUAUCUAUGUGAAACUUUACACGUACCAGAUAUUUAGAGGGCUUGCCUACCUCCAUAGUGCUGUGGGAGUUUGCCAUAGGGAUUUGAAGCCGCAAAAUGUUUUGGUUGAUCCUUUGACACACCAGGUUAAGAUUUGUGACUUUGGAAGUGCAAAAGUGCUUGUCAAAGGUGAAGCUAACAUUUCAUACAUAUGUUCGCGUUUCUAUCGGGCACCAGAACUUAUAUUUGGUGCCACGGAAUACACAACCUCAAUUGAUAUCUGGUCAGCCGGUUGUGUUCUUGCUGAACUUUUGCUGGGCCAGCCAUUGUUUCCUGGGGAGAAUGCUGUGGACCAGCUUGUAGAGAUUAUCAAGGUCCUAGGUACACCCACUAGAGAAGAAAUUCGCUGCAUGAAUCCCAAUUACACAGAUUUCAGGUUUCCACAGAUUAAAGCGCAUCCAUGGCAUAAGGUUUUUCACAAAAGGAUGCCUCCAGAAGCAAUUGAUCUUGCUUCAAGGCUCCUGCAAUACUCGCCAAGUCUUCGUUGUACAGCUCUUGAAGCAUGUGCACAUCCCUUUUUUGAUGAGCUUCGAGAACCUAAUGCUCGGCUACCAAAUGGACGACCUUUACAGCAACUGUUCAACUUUAAACAGGAAUUAUCUGGGGCUUCGCCAGAGCUUAUUAAUAAGUUGAUUCCAGAUCAUGUGAAACGGCAAAUGGGGCUACAACAUUCCACGCAUCCAGCUGGAACAUAAAACUUUGGAAGUUAUUAUGAGAUUUGAUAUCUCCUAGUUGAUGCGUGACACAGGAAAUAUUAUCUCUGGAUUACCAUGAUUGAGGGGGCCUGUCUAGCAUCAUUUUCUGCUCUCCCUCGACACUUACAGUCUCUGGAAGCUGGAUGGCUGCCAUCCCUUGAUCUUUCUACAAUUCUACCUCUCUUGAUCCUUUGUUAUAUGAAUUUGCUUUUCAUCAAAACUCCUUUCUGUUAUGUACAUGUAUCAUGUUUGAUAGUAAAAAAAAAGUUGACUAAUGUGGACCACAGACCACAAAACUGGUAGUAGAGAAAAAGUUUGAGUAGUGUAUUUGUUGCUAGGAAGGCCCCCUCAGAGAAAUUGCUGGAAGACAAAAUGGGUGGUUGGUUUUUGGGUUUAGUUAUGCGAGUUAGUUCUGUUUUUCAGUUAUCGUGGUGGCUGACUUCAAAUUGCAGACUAAUUGUUAUUACUGCCUGUUCAAAGUAAAUGUUAUUUACCCUUUCGUACCA